AUUAGAAAUUAAAUGUCUUUUCUUUUUUAUUUUUGAAGAAGAAAUUAUUGAGAAAUGGGGAAAAAAGGAGGCUGGUUUUAUAGUGUGAAGAAAGUUUUAAGCCUUAAUUCCAACAAAGAUGAGAAAUCUCAAAAAUCAAAGAAAAAAUGGGCAACAACGCAGGAUGGAACUCAAGGCGUCAAGUUAAUCAAAUCAGAAAAUGAGAACAGCAAACAUGCCAACUCCGUCGCUCUCGCCACCACCAUGGUGGCGGCGGUCGAAGUUUUCCGUCUUACGAAGGUGCCACGCCACCCCAGGAAAUCAAGGGAGGAAAUAGCUGCCAUUAUGAUUCAAACUUAUUUUCGAGGAUACUUGGGUCGGAAGGAAUUGCGAGCUUUGAAAGGGUUGGUGAGGUUGCAAUCGUUAAUCGAAGGGCAAUCCGUAAAACGACAGGCGACGACUGCAUUAAGAUGCAUGCGGACGCUCGCUCGAGUGCGGUCGCAUGUUCGGACAAGGCAGAUUUUAAUGUCCGAACAAAACCGAUCACUUCAAAAGCAGAUUCAACAAAAACACGAGAAAGAGUCGCAAAGCUCUAAAUCUGUUACGGGGGAUGAUUUUAGUGUCAGCACAAAGUCUAAGGAGCAAAUGGCAGCGAAAGAACAAUAUAGACUAGCAGCAGCAAUGCGAAGGGAGAAAGCUUUAGCUUACUCAUUUACUCGCCAGAGACCGUGGAAGAAUCCUUUAAAACCAGUGAAUCAAGCAUUUAUGGAUUCGAAAAAACCUGAAUGGAGUUGGAGUUGGUUAGAGCGAUGGAUGGCAGCUCGACCAUGGGACAUUCGAAGCACAUCGAAUAACAAUGAUCGUGGUACGAAUAAAACUACGGGUCCUCGAAUCCCUAGAGCUAAGUCUCAAAUUGAGCCUAACAAUGAUAAUGAUAGGCGAUCUCCGACCCCGGCCAAACCGAUUCGACCACCAAUCCGCCGGUCCACUUCAACACCACCCUCUAAGAUACAUUCUACUUCAUCAGCUUCUAGCAAAAUAACAUUGCAAAGCCCAAGUCCGACGCAAACUUACUUGUCCGAUAGUUACAAGAGACAUAGCAUCGGGGCCUCAUCAUCAUCAUCGACAGACUAUGAGAUAUUUGAAAUCUCACCUCCAAAUCCUAUUAACAAAACCUCGUCACAAAUGCCAACAAGGGACCGACCCCGAUUUCCGAGCAAUGGAACGUCAGAUAAGGGAUCAGCAAAGCCUCCAAAUAGACGGCUUUCAUUACAACCAUCCCCGGCAAGGAGUCGGACACUUUCUGGUCCUCCGAAGGUCACUAUGUCACCUAUUUAACGAAAAAA